AUGGCUGAUUCCACUUCCAUCGAUGCUUCCUCCACUCCUCCGGUGGUUACCUCCGCAACUCCUCCUCCGGCCCCGCCGGCCAAAUCAGAUUUUCACCCGGCCCUAGCCGUUUCGAAUAUUAGGAAUAACAUUCCUAUUAUUCUUGACGUGAAGACUGACCGCUAUGGCACCUGGGCGGAGCUGUUCCGCAUUCAUGCUCGUUCUCACCGAGUUUUGCAUCACAUUGUCCCUACUGCGGACAAACCACCUCCACCAGUGACUGAUCCUGCCUAUGAGCAGUGGGCCACUUUGGAUGCUACGGUCCUUCAGUGGAUUUAUUCCACCAUCUCUGUUGACCUGAUGACUACCAUCAUGGAGCCUGGCUCCACUGCCUUCACUGCUUGGACGCAUCUAGCGGAUCUGUUUCAGGACAAUCAGAACGCUCGUGCAGUCACCCUCGAGCAGGAGUUCUCUACUGUUCGCAUGGAGGCAUUCCCGACCGUCGCUGCCUACUGCCAGCGUCUGAAGACGCUUUCUGACCAGCUUCGUGAUGUCGGUGCUCCUGUGAACAAUCACCGUCUGGUUCUGCAGCUCAUCUCCGGCCUCACCGAUGCAUACAGGGGUAUUGCUACUUUGAUCCGUCAGAGCAAUCCGCUCCCCUCCUUUCAUCAGGCUCGCUCCAUGCUCACCUUAGAGGAAGCCAGUAUGGCUAAGAUGAAACCCACUGAGUCUCAUGCUGCCUAUGUUGCUACUCAGCCGCGUUCUUCUGAUGCCUCUUCUCAGAGUUCUGAUCGCCGGGCCUCCAACCGUUCACGAUCCCACAACUCUAAGGGUCGUGGUGGGAGUCGUGGAAACGGUGGAGGAUCCCGCAGUGGCACCUCUCAGGGCUCCUCUCCUCCGAUGCCUCCUCAGCAACAGUACUUCCCCUACCAGCAUUGGGGAUGGGCUCCACCUCCAUGGGCCAUGCCUCCGUGCCCAUAUCCUACUUCUCAGUGGACUCGUCCUUCUGCUCCUCCUCGGCAACCUGGCAUUCUGGGCCCGCGUCCUCAGGCUUAUGCUGCUUCGGCCUCCUCCGUGCCCACUGAUCUUGCCACUGCCAUGCACACCAUGACGCUUGCUCCUCCAGAUAGCACCUGGUACAUGGACACUGGAGCAUCAUCUCAUGUAGCAGCAUCACCAGACGGGGAUUCCACUCAUGAGAUGUAAUAGUCCUGGCGACCUAUACCCAGUCACUCCGUCUUUUCCGUUUGCUGGUCUAGCUCAGAGUCUCUGGCACAGUCGUCUUGGUCAUCCCAGUUCUUCUGCCUUGCAGU